AUGCACGCGCUUUCGGUACUGCGAGCUGCUGUGAUCGCGAGUGCUUUGUUCACCGUGACUUCCGCGGAGGCGGCUGGCAUCUUUGACAAGGUCAAGAGCCUUUUCCACCGCCACAACGGCUCGGAGUCGACUGCAGGCAGUGCAGUGGACGACAGCACAUGCGUGUACGACUGGGCGUCGCUAAGCUGCAAGCCCGAGGAUUCAUGCGCCAUCCAGUACCAUUUCGGCGACGUGACUCCUUCCGAGGCCUGUCGAGUUAGUAGCACGAGCGACACGACCAAGAUGCCGCAGCAGUUCCACUUGGCGUUCGCUGGUAAGAAAGCGGGUUCUGGUAUGACGAUCUCAUGGACGACGUUUGAUCUGGAGGAAGACCCGGCAGUGUGGAUCGGCAGCUCUGAAGACGAGCUAACCCCAGUGAAAGACGCGACUUUCGAAACCAAGUCGUACUACAAGGACAAGAGCUACUCACUUUACAGCUACCACGCCAUCGUCACGGGACUCAAGCCGAACACCGAGUACUUCUACAAGGUUGGCAGUGCCUCGACGAAGAAGUUCCAGAGUGCGGUGAGCUCCUUCAAGACGGCGCGCAAAAGCGGCGACGACAGUCCGUUCACGAUCGCAGUGUACGGAGAUAUGGGCGCGGACGCCAACGCUGUGGAAACCAACAAGUACGUGAACGGUCUUGUCGAUAAGGUGGACUUCGUCUAUCACCUCGGAGACGUGUCGUACGCGGACGACGCGUUCCUCUCAGCCAAGACGGCGUUCGGAUUCUACUACGAGCAGGUGUACAACAAGUUCAUGAACUCCAUGACCAACAUCAUGCGGCGGAUGGCCUACAUGGUGCUCGUGGGGAACCACGAAGCGGAAUGCCACUCCCCGACGUGUCUAUUAUCCAAGAGCAAGAAGGACCAACUGGGCAACUACUCGGCGUUCAACUCACGCUUCAGGAUGCCGUCGGCCGAGAGCGGGGGCAUGCUCAAUAUGUGGUACUCGUACGAGUACGGCACGGUCCACUUCACGUCGCUGUCGUCUGAGACGGACUACCCGAACGCCCCCAGCAACGUGUACUUCACGAAACGUGUGUAUGGGAACUUCGGUGAUCAACUGGCGUGGCUAGAAGAGGAUCUGAAGGCUGCAGACUCCAACCGCGACCAAGUUCCGUGGAUUAUUGUUGGCAUCCACCAACCGAUGUACACGAUCCGUUCGUGUGAUGCGGAUGGUACGCCGAACAACGACUACGAGGCUCGGAAUGUGCAGGAAGCGUUUGAGGAGCUGUUCAUCAAGUACAAGGUGGAUCUGGUGCUGCAAGGCCACGUGCACGCGUAUGAACGAAUCUAUCCGACGGCAAACGGCAGCGCCGUUAUAGAUGGGGUUUCCGAAGAUGUCUCGACCAAUACGAAUCCACAGGCGCGAGUGUACGUGAUUUCCGGCUCAGCAGGAGGCCCUGAGGAGAACCACUACAAGUAUAAGAACCCGCCGUCGCCGGAAUGGCUCGUGCUGAUGGACGACGAGCACUUCGGCAUCACCAAGCUGCUUGUCACGCCGACGAAUCUUACGCUUACGAUGAUUGAGAGUGCGACAGGCACGGUGUACGACGAGUUCUCGAUCGUGAAAGAGGCAGGCGCUAGUCACAGCGGAUAG